AUGAAGGCCACUUUAGUUUCCAUCAUUCUGGUGACUCUGGGCACCAUUUCCCAGGCAAAUCGCUUCCAGUGUGCAGGAACCAACGGCGAGACACUUGCCUAUGAGCCAUCUGGAUUUCUGACGGCAACCUUGACGGGGGCUGCGUGUAAAGGUGUAAAGGGAACCAUCGAUCUCAACACCAACUUGAAAGGCAAUCGUAAAUGCUGCGUCACGACCGAUUUUAAUGCAUUCAAGACUGCUUGCGAAGGACAGAAGCUUCCAAUUCAGUUUGCUAAGAACUACGUCGCUGCUGCUCAGCCUUGCUAA